GUGCGGGUGCACGAGCGGCUGCCGCGGCGCCGAGCCUCCCUCAGUCCCGCCGGUUCGGUCUCCCCAGUGGACGCUGCCCGGCUGGCGGAUGAUGGCGGCGGCCCCGCAGGAGGAGGUGGACCGCAGACCGAUCCGGAGGGUCCGCUCCAAGAGCGACACGCCUUACAUCAGCGAGGCUCGGAUCUCCCUGCACCUGGAGACAGCCGAGGAGGUCGAGAGGUUGGCCGCGAUGCGCUCUGAUUCGCUGGUGCCCGGCACGCACACGCCCCCCAUCCGCCGGAGGAGCAAGUUUGCCAACCUGGGCCGUCUGUUCAAACCCUGGAAAUGGAGGAAGAAGAAGAGUGAGAAGUUCAAGCAGACGUCUGCAGUGCUGGAGAGGAAAAUGUCCACCCGUCAGAGCCGGGAGGAGCUGAUCAAGAAAGGAGUUCUGAUGGAGGUCUAUGAGAAAGGUCGGACGUCUCCCUCCAUACGAGAGGAGGAGCAGAUGGAGAACGGUCGCUCCCCGGAGCUGUCGGAGUCUGACGGGACGGAGCAGAUGGACGGAGCCGCAGCUGAAGGUUCCCUGGACUUUCCGAUGGCCAAUGACGGUGCGUGUUCACAGGACCACGCCCAGAAACCCAGCCAGGCUCCGCCCGCUAAGAAGUCGGCUGUGUGUCAUGCUAACGGCGCCGAGUCGCCGCUCUCCAGACCUCUACACAAACAACCUCCUGUGCCGCCGCCCAAACCCUUCACCAGGCUGCCCAAUCACCUCACAGACGGCGCCCCGGUCAAGUUGCCAUGUAUGUCGGGGAAGUUGUCUUCUCCUCCUCUACCUCCAAAGAAGCUCAUGAUCUCCGUCCCCGUCGGGAGCAUGGAGCCGUCCUCACUCGCCUUCCAGAAGUGCCCCGCCCCUCACGGCCACAUGAUGGGCGGGCACUCGCUGCAGUACGGGACGCUGCCCGCCGCUCUGCACCCGCCCAGUCGCAUCAUCGAGGAGCUCAACAAGACGCUGGCGCUCACCAUGCAGAGGUUUGAGAGCUCCCUGAUGCACACUUCACCCAUGGUGAUGAACGAGUUCGACAACGAUAAAGAGAACCUCCCAAACGAGACGGACUACGAGGAGCUGCCGGGGAUGUACAAGGACGAGGACGAGGAGGACGAGGAAGAAGAAGAAGAAGAUGACGAAGAGGAGGAUGAUGAAGAUGAGGAGGAAGACGAGGACGAGGAUGAAUCAAUGUUUACAAGUGCGCUCGCCAUGAAGGUUUUACGAAAGGACUCGCUGGCCAUCAAGCUGGGAAACCGCCCGUCCAAGAGGGAGCUGGAGGAGAAGAACAUCCUGCCGCUGCAGUCCGACCAGGAGAGGAUCCACUUUCGCCAGCAGACGGCCACCAAGCUGACCAGGCGGUUGAGUCAGAGGCCGACGGUCGAGGAGCUGGAGCAGAGAAACAUCCUCAAACCUCGAAAUGAUCUGGAGGAGCAGGAGGAGAAGAGAGAGAUCAAGAGACACUUGUCCAAGAAGCUCAGCCAGAGGCCGACAGUCGAGGAGCUGAGAGAAGCAAAGAUCCUCAUUCGCUUCAGUGACUACGUGGAGGUCGCCGAGGCUCAGGACUACGACCGGAGAGCCGACAAGCCGUGGACGCGGCUAACCGCUGCCGAUAAGGCUGCCAUUAGAAAAGAGUUAAACGAGUUCAAAAGCACAGAGAUGGAAGUGCACGAGUCGAGCAGACACCUGACCAGGUUUCACCGACCUUGAAGCGGCCCAGUCGACCUCAGCUAAGUCUUUCCAGCUCACACAGCUUCUCGCUGCCCUCGUGCUGAUGCCUGCGACCUUCUCCAGCCACAGAGUCAAACUGACGGGACUCAACACAACAGGAGUUUGAGGCGUCGCAGGAAACGGACAAAACAAGACUUUCUGGAGAGUUUGUCUUUUGGCUGACGUCUCCUCUCGGAGGAGAUUUUACAGACUUCUUGAUAUUCAAAGGCUCUUAACUGUCAUUUUUUUAUGAUGAAGAGAUGGAGAUACGUUUACUUUGCAGCACUUUGGUUUUUGAACAAACCCUCUGGAGGUCAAACUGAAUCUGUGCCAAUUUCAAGGAUGUGAACAGUCGCAGGACUUAUUUUUUAACACUGGGAUUGUUUUCUUGCCUUUCACCUUGUGCUCACUCUCCAUCUUUACCGGUUGAACCCACAGAUAACAUCUCACGUAUCGUUUCUCAUUUUGCCAACAGAAUAAAACUCGAGCAGCAGCUUGAGCUGUUUGUGCAGCUGGAGCCAAAACGUCCUAAGAUCCUUAUCAACAUCCCAGAAUUACUUCUUCAAAGUCUGUAACAGUAAAAACUUUAAAUCUCCAGAUUCACUCCCAUCAAUUAACUCAGCAAUAACUUCAGAUCCUCUCCCGAGCCCCUCUGUCGACAAGUUCAGGAGCUCAGACGCUUUCCAGACGUCAGAUUUAGACCAAAGCGACUUGGCGAGCUGCCGGGGUCGUGACCUUGAAACCUUCCCGGAGCGACUGCAUCACGGUGCCUACAGUCGAGUCUGCAGGGAUUCAGAAAUUGCCAAAUUCACUCGUUUCCAUUUGAUGCAGAAUAUUAUCUGUAGACGCGGUAAAGCGUUUCAGAGCAUGGAAAAGGCAACAAGGAAACUUUUAACUUGAUAAAUAAUAACUAAAUAAUGAAAACCUGCCACUUUACUCUUUGAUUGUUUUAAUCGUUCAGUCGAUAAUGGGUCCAUGAUUUAUGUUUUGACCUUGUAAUUGAGAGGUGUGUGUGUGUGUGUGUGUGAGAAAUAUCUCAGAACUAUAAGACAUGUUGUACAUAAAGAAAGUAAACAAGACUUUUCAGAUGUUUUUUGUAAAGCUGCAUGUGCGUAUUAAUUUAUUGUGAGUCUUCUAUUAUGUAUGCAGUUUCUUAAAGAAAGAAACUUAUUAAAAAGUAAUAAGUUGA